AUGUGGAAGCUUACUAUAAAUAAUAGUUUAAGAUGUUGUUCUCAAAGGUUUCUAAUUAACAAAUCAAUCUCCAGGAGCGCAAUUAAGACCUCGGUACGUACCAGCACGUUAUUGGGACCUUCCAGUUAUAGAGGCAUACAUACUAGUUCUACUUUGCUACUUCGUGCCACUUCUCCGUUUCUAAAUAGUAAUAAUAAUAAUAAUUCCAAUAAAAAUGUUGAAACUAAUUCAGAAAAUCAGAAUGGCAAGGACUCUGAAUCUAAUCAAGAAGGUAAAAAUAAAAAUGACAACAAUAAAAAUGAUCAAGGACAACCAAAUAUUAUGGAAUAUUUUAAAUCCAAAGAAUUUAUGAACACAAUGUUACUAACCAUUGCUUUCACUUUUUUAUACAAUCUAAUGGAUUCAAAUGACAACGAUAGCAGUAGAGAAAAUAACAAUAACGAUCCAUUAACAUUCCAAGACUUCAAAACAAAAUAUUUAGAAAAAGGUUUAGUCAAAAAAAUUAGUGUGGUGAACAAAAAUAUCGUCGAAGCAGAAUUAAUCUCAGAUGUAAAUUUAGGUUCCUCUGGUAAUUCUUCACUUUUUAAUAAUAACAGUCCUGUCAUUGUUUCAUUCACUAUAGGUUCUAUCGAUAUCUUUGAAGGACAAAUGGAACAGAUCCAAAAUGAACUGAAAAUCAGUCCAAAUGAUAGAAUUCCUAUUACUUAUGUCAACAGAUACUCUAUGCUACAAUUAUUCUUCCCAUUUGUUCCAACUAUUCUAAUAUUAGGUGGUCUAUUCUAUAUUACUAGAAGAAUGGGUGGUCCUGAAUCCGGUGGUAUGGGUGGUGGAGGUAGUGGUGGUAUGUUUGGAGUAGGUAAAUCUAAAGCUAAGUUGUUCAACAAAGAAACAGAUAUAAGAAUAUCGUUUAAAGAUGUAGCAGGCUGUGCUGAAGCUAAACAAGAAAUUAUGGAAUUCGUGCAUUUCUUAAAAAAUCCUCAAAGAUAUACUGAUUUGGGUGCUAAAAUCCCAAGAGGUGCCAUCUUGUCUGGUCCACCAGGUACUGGUAAGACUUUGUUAGCAAAGGCAACUGCUGGUGAAGCAGGUGUUCCAUUUUUAUCUGUCUCCGGUUCUGAAUUCGUAGAAAUGUUUGUUGGUGUAGGUGCUUCAAGAGUUCGUGAUUUAUUCGAACAAGCAAGAAGCAUGUCUCCAUCAAUUAUUUUCAUUGAUGAAAUCGAUGCAAUUGGUAAAGAAAGAGGUAAAGGUGGUGCUUUGGGUGGCGCCAAUGAUGAAAGGGAAGCGACUUUAAACCAACUGUUAGUAGAAAUGGAUGGUUUUUCCACUACUGAUCAAGUCGUUGUGUUAGCUGGUACCAAUAGACCAGAUGUUUUAGAUCCCGCUCUAAUGAGACCAGGGAGAUUCGACAGACAUAUCGAAAUUGACCCUCCUGAUGUUGAAGGUAGAAAAUCUAUCUACUUAGUCCAUUUAUCAAAAUUGAAUUUAGAUCCUAUUUUUACAGAAACCAAAGAAGCCAAGGACGAAUUAGCGGGUAAGCUAGCUGCAUUAACACCAGGAUUCGCUGGUGCUGAUAUUGCCAAUGCUUGUAAUGAAGCGGCUUUAAUUGCAGCUAGAUACAAUGAUAAAUAUGUGGAAUUGAGACAUUUCGAACAAGCUAUUGAAAGAGUUAUUGCUGGUUUGGAAAAGAAAUCACGUGUACUAUCCCCUGAAGAGAAGACAACUGUUGCUUAUCAUGAAGCAGGUCAUGCCGUAUGUGGUUGGUUUUUACAAUAUGCAGAUCCGCUUUUAAAAGUCAGCAUCAUCCCUCGUGGUCAAGGCGCAUUAGGUUAUGCUCAAUAUCUACCACCUGAUCAAUAUUUAGUAACUGAAGAACAGUUUAAACAUAGGAUGAUAAUGACCUUAGGUGGUAGGGUUUCCGAAGAAUUACACUUUCCUUCUGUUACUAGUGGUGCCCAUGAUGAUUUUAAAAAGGUAACUCAGAUGGCAAGAUCUAUGGUAACUGCAUUGGGUAUGUCAAGGAAAAUUGGUUAUAUCUCUUUUGAUUCUGAUCCAAAUGCAGGUGGAUUUCAAGUUAAUAAGCCAUUUAGUGAAAAAACAGAAAGAAAGAUAGAUUUAGAAGUUAAAAGAAUUAUUGAUGAAGCUCAUAAGAGUUGCAAAGAAUUAUUAACUUCAAACAUAGAGAAAGUUGACAAGGUAGCAAAAGAGCUUUUAUCAAAAGAAGCGAUUACAAGAGAAGAUAUGAUCAGAUUAUUAGGUCCAAGACCAUUCCCUGAAAGAAACGAAGCAUUUGAAAAGUAUUUAGACCCAAAAAAUGAUAAGACUAAAAAUGAUAAAAAUGAUAAUGUUUCUCCUGUAACUAAUUGA